AAGCUCUUCUUUCAAAAUUGGGUGUGUAGUAAAAUGCAUACGCACUGAAUUAAAUCCUCAUUUUACUCACUGGGCGACUUCACCUCAAAGCCGUAUACAGUUGAAAAACCACCUUCGUCGUUGACCACUUGAAGAUACUGUGCAACAAGAUCCUGUAUGGUUGAUGUGCAGCACAGAGAUGGUGCUGGAGGAAGGGGCACGGAGCUGUCUGCUGCGCUUCCGCUUCAGACUGGAGGAGGACAUCAAGCCAACGUACCUGAUGGAUCACAUGAUCAGUGACGGUGUGAUAACUGUGGAUGAGGAGGAGAGGGUCAAGACACAGAAUACCAGGAAGGAUCAGGCUGGAGCCCUGAUAGAGCUCUUGUUAAAAAAGGACAACCGUGCCUACAUUUCUUUCUACAAUGCCCUGGUCAAAGAGGCAUAUGAGGAUUUGGCCAGUUUGCUUCACAGUGGCCUGCCGAAUGUCUCGAACCCACAGCAGGAAUCUUCUGAUGGCUCUGCAGCUUAUGUCCAGGCAAUACUUAGUGAAGGCGGGGUCCCACCGAGGCCUAUAGUGUUUGUCAGCAGACCAGAGCUGGUGAACCAGGUCAGGGAGAAACUUUACCAGCUGCAGAAGGACACAGGCUGGAUUACUGUCUUUGGCAUGGCUGGCUCGGGCAAGUCUGUCCUAGCUGCUGAGGCUGUUAGACAUCAUGGACUUAUUAAAGAUUGCUUUCCUGGAGGCAUCCACUGGCUGUCCAUCGGCCAAGUGGACAAACCAGACCUGCUGGUUAAGGUCCAGUCACUGUGUUUCCGUUUGGAGCAGAGCCUUGAGUCUGAGCCCCUCCACCGACCCCCAAACUCUCUGGAUGAAGCCAAGGAGCGUCUGCGUUUCCUCAUGCUGCGCAGAUAUCCAAGAUCUCUGCUGAUUCUAGAUGACGUCUGGGAUAGUACGGUGCUGAAAGUGUUUGACGUCCACUGUCGUGUACUUCUCACCACCAGAAACAGAAGCCUUACUGAUUCUGUUAGUGGUGCUAAACAUGAGGUGGAAGUGGAAAGUGGUUUGGUUGAAAACAAGGCCCUGGAGAUCCUUGCUCUGUACACUGGCAUGAAACUCGAAGCAUUACCCGAGGAGGCUCGCAGUAUUGCUACAGAAUGUAAAGGCUCCCCUCUGGUGGUGUCUCUGAUCGGAGCUCUGCUCCGAGAGAAACCCAGCCGCUGGCGAUACUAUCUCUGCCAGCUGCAGCAGAAGCAGUUCAAGCGUAUAAGGAAGUCGUCAUCUUAUGACUACGAUGCUCUGGAUCAGGCCAUGGCUGCUAGCAUUGAGGUUCUUCCUGAUGAGCAUCGAGACCUCUAUAAGGACCUUACUGUUAUAGAGAAGGACGUCAAGGUCCCUGCUAAGGUGCUGUCUGUUCUUUGGGAUCUGGAACCUGAGGAGGUGGAGGACAUCCUUGAGGAAUUUGUUAACAAGUCUCUGCUUUUUGUGGACAGUGACAAUAAACCCUGCCUGUACUAUCUUCAUGACCUCCAGAUAGACUUUCUGAUGGAGCAGAACCGAACCCAGCUUGAGAGCCUUCACACUAAGGUGGUGCGUCAGUACCAGCAGCAUUACAAAGAUGGUCCCCCCACUUCGGGAGAUGAGGAAUGCCUUUAUUGGAUUCAAUUUUUGACCUACCAUAUGGCCAAAGCCAACCUUACCCAGGAGCUCUACACCCUCAUGUUCUCUCUGAACUGGGUGAACAUCAAGGCCAAGAUAAUGGGUCCAGCUCACCUCAUCAAUGACUAUGUGGAGUAUGGAUCCAUUCUGGACAAAGAGAACAGUGAAGUGCGGAGUCAGUUCCAGGAGUUUCUGUCUCUGAACGGCCACCAGCUGGAGCAGCGUCCUUUCCCUGACGUUGUGCAGCUUGCUCUGUCUCAGCCACACAACUCCGAGGUCUAUAGACAAGCUCGGCUGCAGGCGCAGAACCGGGCCAAAGCUGGGAAACUCUACUUUGACUUAGUGAAUAAGAGUGGUGAAGAGAGUCUGUCCCAUUUGGUGAUUCACCCCCACCAGGGCUCCGUCCACUCUGCCUGCUUCUCCCAGGAUGGAACCAAAAUUGCUUCUUGUGGAGCUAGUAAGACACUCAAGGUGUUUAAAAGUACCUCAGGUGAGAAGCUCAUGGAUCUCGCUGCCCAUGAUGACGAAGUGCUUUGCUGUGCUUUCUCCCCUGACGGCCAUCUCUUAGCAACCUGCUCUAGUGACAGAAAAGUCAAGGUGUGGAAUGCAGAUCGAGCAAUGCUGUGUAGGGUUUUUGCAGAGGAGCAUGAAGAACAGGUCAACCACUGUCAGUUUACUAACACAUCGGCGCGCCUCCUGCUGGCCACCUGCUCCAAUGACAGUGUUCUGAAUGUCAAGUUGUGGAACCUCAAUAGACCAUCCUCCCAGAACACCAUGUUUGGUCACUUUAAGCCAGUCAACCACUGCUGUUUCUCUCCUAAUGACAGAUAUCUGUCAACUUCCUCCAACGAUGGUACCCUUAAGCUAUUUGAGGUUUCCUCUGCCAAUGAGUGGAAGACAAUCCAUGUGAGUGACACGUUUACAGAGAACAAGGAAGACGUCCUCAUCAAGUGUAGCACCUGGACUGCUGAUGGGAAAAGCGUCAUAUGUGCUGCCAGAAAUGUUGUUUUGGUGUUUGAUGUAGAGACAUCAGACAUGUUGUUCGAAAUCAGGACCAGUCGACUGAGCACAGUGCAAUACUGUCACGCCUGUCCCACCAGUAACCUGCUGGCCAUUGCGUUCUCAAACUAUGCUGUUGAGCUGUGGGAUCUUGAGGCCAAUAAAAAGAUGGCAGACUGCAGUGGCCACCUAAGUUGGGUGCAGCGUGUCCAGUUUUCUCUUGAUGGCUCACUGCUGCUCUCCUGCUCUGAUGACCAGACUGUCAGGAUAUGGGAGACUAAGAAGGUUCACACAUCCUCAGCUGUCUGCCUGAAGCGAGAUUCUGACGUUCUGUUUAAUAAUGAGGAAAUCAUAGUGUCCGCUGCAGAUAAUUGCAACAGAUUGCAGGUGCGUGAUGGUAGAACAGGAGCAGUGCUGUUCCAGUCAGAGGAGAAGCCGUCCAGGAUCCGGUGUACCUGCAUGUGCAGGCAGCCCUCUGCUGUUGUCCUGGGGCAAGAAGAUGGCACUGUGCAGGCGUCAGGGCUGACAGCUAGUCAUCUUCUAAGGAUACUUGGCUCCAGGAUCCGAAGACUUCUGACCUCCUACGGGGGGUUGGUGCUGGCAGUAGCUCUAUGCACAGGGAGCGUGCAGGUGCUGGAGGUGCCCUCUGGGAAGCUUCUGGCCACUCUGCUGGGACACACUAAAACUGUGCUGCACUGUCAGUUCAGCCCGAAUGGCCAAACACUCAUCACUUCCUCUGAGGACACCACCAUAAGAGUGUGGAGAUGGCAGUCAGGUGAGUGUAAAGUACUUCAGGGUCAUACGGAGCAAGUCAGAUGCUUCUCUCUACUCCCCAACUCACCAAAUGACUCAAGACUGCUGUCCUGGUCCUUCGAUGGUACCGUGAAGGUGUGGGACACCGAGAGCGGAGAGAAACUGCAGGACAUCGAGGCUCAUCACCAAACCAUUCUGUCCUGUCACGUCUCGCCAGACGGAUGCCUCUUUGCCACCACCUCUGUCGACAAGACUGCUAAGUUGUGGCAGUGUGAGUCCUGGCAGUGUGCCUACACGCUGAUUGGUCAUCAAGAAUGUGUCCGAAGCUGCCGAUUCUCAUGGGACAGCCAACACCUCGCAACUGGAGAUGACAAUGGAGAGAUCCGGCUGUGGAGCGUCAAGAACGGGUCCUUACUGAAGAUUUGUUCCUGGGACAGUAAGGAUGGCAUGGACUCGCUUCAUGGAGGCUGGGUAACAGAUCUGCACUUCUCCCCAGACAACUCUCUUCUGGUCUCGACUGGAGGUUACAUCAAGUGGUGGGACGUGAAGACAGGCAAGGCUCUGCAGACCUUCUGUCCAACGGGAAGUGCUUUAAAGAAGAUUCACGUGUCUUCCGACUUCUCCACCUUCGUCACUAUUGACAAUAUUGGCAUCCUCUACAUCCUCCAGAGGGUGGUGUGAUGACAGCGCUGCCAGCACUGCUCCAAAAGACGACAGAAACGUACACCACCAUCCAGCUUCUUGCAUAAACUGCAGAACUGUCCAAAGCUGAAGACAUACACUUCUUGAAAAAAUAGUUCACGUUUUCAGUUUGUACAUUAACAGUGAGAGCAUUAGGCAAAUGCACAUUGCUGCAAUCAGAUGAGCAGUUUGCACCAGCUUUAAAUGAAAAUUGCUCCAGCAAUGCGCAGAUGCAGCACAAAAUCUUGCUCCUCGAAUCUGUUCUGCACAUGUAGACAUAUAUAACAUAUCUUAUUAAACACAAAGAGGUGCACUGAAAAGGAAACACUGAUUUCUAAAAAGCCAGCAAACCUGAUCAUCAGGUCUUCUCAAACACAUCAUUUAGAUCAACACUAAUUACCAACAGAUGAAAGAUUCAACAUGAGAAAUAGAAAUGUUUUUAGGGUUGAACAUUGUGUGUGUAGUGAGAGAUUUUUCCACUUCUGUAUGUAUGUAAUCAUAUAUGCUAUGGUGCGCGUCCUGUGAUCCGUUAGAAGUGAUGAAGUGAGUUUGAGCUGACUGUGUUCUGAUGCUUUUUCAUGUUUGUGUUUAAAGGUGCAUUUGGUCAACACCUAAUCUCUUCAGUAUUAACAGUUUUAAAAACUUUUCUAGACGCUGCAGCCUUUUUUGUGAAUGCAAAUACUGUGGGUACUAGAGGGUACAGGAUGUACGCUUUGUGUAAAUGCAUUACGCUUUCUCAACAUACCAGUACGUUUGAGGCAAUUUGGUGCAGUUUGAUAAGCAUUAAAAAUGGAUAGCAUGAUAAAGUUUUUAUGAUUUAGGCAUGCAAAAUGACAUCUAAAUUCUUUUCAAAUCCUGAGAGAUUAUUUAUAUGUCUGAACUCUUUUGAACGUGUAUCAAAGGAAUAUUUUCUAUGAAAAAAAAAAUCACAGUGUGUGAUUUAUGAUUAAGAAUUAAAUUUUCUCUUCUUUUUUUUUUUUUUACAUUUUAUAACGUUUAACUUUACAUAUCACUUUAUAUCUGCAUGUUGUCUUACUACUGAGCCUUUACUUGUUGGAAACACUUUGAAGCAGGAGUUACUUUUGAGGAAGCCUUUUUUAAAUGUGACUUGAAAAACACAGAGAGGCAAGAGUGUCUUUAUAUUGAUCGAAACCACUCCUAUCCGUGAGAAAAAUGUAGAUUCCAGGUCCAGUAGGAGCAAUAAGCACGACAAUAAAAUGAAUUAAUCAAAGUAAUGCUUGUCUCCUUCUCACACUGUGCCCUUCCUGACUGGUGCUUUAAAGUUGCUGUAUGUUUAAUCAUCAGAUUUCCUUUCAACAGAUAUAUUGAUAUCUGCUCAGAAUGUAAACUGUUAUAUGGUGUCGUGCAACUUAAGGUGUAAUUUAUUAAGAAUAAAUUGCAUAU